AUGGCAUCAGACAGUCAAGAACUCCAUUCCACCAACGGCAAGGUGGAUGUAGAAAACGCGGCAGAAGUGCAGAUGCUGCGCAGCCAAGUGGCCGACCUUCAGCAGGAGCUCACAGUCAUGACACAGCGUCUCACCGCAGCUGAUGCUGCUCGCCUGGCUGAAAGGGCCCAGCUGGAUGAGCUGACGGCAGCGAUGACUGAUCUGCGCGCGAAUUACGAGGAGCAUGCGCAGCUGGUAGCAUCAGCGGAGGAGGCCGCCCUGAACGUGCAGCAGGGCGCGGCAGAGCUCGAUGCAAUGCGCAAAGAGCAGCAGGCUCUGUCCCAGCGCAUCGCUCUGCUGCAGGGCCUCCUGCAGGCACGCCCACCCCCAGCAUAUCAUCCAGCCUCUUCAUUGUCGUUGCAAAGUGAGCGCGACAGCGAGAUCGAGCUGCUCAGGCAGCAGCUAGGAGAGUUCAAGGUGGAGGCCAGAGUGGGUGCAGCCGCCAUCGGUGCGAGCGACGGCGUCGCCGUCAUGGACAUGGCCGGCGGCGGCUGGGCCGGCCGCGCGGCCCCAAGCUGGAAUGCCCCGCAACAGGCGUCCUCCACCAGGGUGGGGGCGAGCAACAGCGGCUUCUCGCGCGCGAUGGGCGGUGACAGCGAGCUGGCGGACGUUUACCGCUCGGGGCCGCCCUCGGCCAACGGCAACGCGCCGCGGCUGUCGGCGGCCGACGUGACUAAGCGCCACACCGCGCCGGGCCUGCUCGUUCUGGCCGGCGCGCUCGGCUUCUCCCGAGCCUGGCGCGACCUCAAGCGCAGCCUGCCCAAGGCAGAUCUGAGCAUCAAGGAGGAUGUGGAUGACCUGGCCAAUGUUGUCUCCAGCAAGAUCGAUGUGCUGGUCAACAAUGCUGGCAUCCUCACCAAGUCAUCUGCCCUGGAAGGCGCGCACAGCUCUGCUGCUGUUUCAAGCAGCCCUGACGACUGGGACAAGAUGAUGAGGGUGGAUCUGGAGGCGCCCAUGCGGCUGACUCACCACCUGGCACCGGCAAUGAGUGAGCGCGAGGGCGGCGGCCACAUCAUCAACAUCUCUUCCGUGGCCGGCCUCGAGGCGAUGCCGGGUUUUGCCGCCUAUGCAGCCGCCAAGUUUGGCCUCACCGGCUUCAGCAAGUCCACCUUUGAGGAGCUGAGGGACAAGAACGUGCUGGUGACCACGAUCUACCCUGGCUACGUGGCAUCUGAGAUGACAAGGGAUGCAUCUGUGCCUCGGGACAAGAUGAUCCGCCCGGAGGACAUUGCGCAGGCGGCUCUGUUGCCCUUCCGCAUGUCUGACUUGGCGUGCCCCACCGACAUUGUCGUGCGCCCAUCCCACAAGCUAAGCCCCUCCGGUGGCGACUGA